AAUCCUCGUCGGUGAUCAUUCGCAAACCUGUCAACAUUCACUCUCGUGCACUAGUCCGUAAAAAUGCUGAGGCUCGCCGCAAGGGAAGAGACAUGGGGAAUGGCAAGAGGAAGGGUACUGCCAAUGCUCGUAUGCCAACUAAAAUACUACUGCUCUGCGAGUACAGGGAAGCCAAGAAAAUCGACAAGCACCUGUACCACGAGCUGUACAUGAAGUGCAAGGGUAACGGCUUCAAGAACAAGCGUGUCCUCAUGGAGUUCAUUCACAAGAGGAAGGCAGAGAAGAGCAGAUCCAAGAUCCUCAGUGACCCAGCUGCAGCCCGCAGACAGAAGGUGAAGGAGGCACGUCGCCGACGCGAAGAGUGUAUUGCCCAGAAGAGGGAGGAGUUGCUGAAGAACAUUGAAGAGCCCAAGAAAUGA